AUGGCUGAGGCCUCGGUACCAGAGCUGAGAGGCGAUGCCGAUGCCAUGCCUUGCCCCAGCAUCCUGGAGCUGGAGGUGCUCCUGAGGGCAGGGAAGAUUUCCAGCAGCCACGUGGAUGAAGUUUGGCCCAACCUUUACAUAGGAGAUGCGGUCACUGCGAAUAACCGCUUUGAACUAUGGAAGCUGGGCAUCACCCACGUGCUGAAUGCUGCCCACGGGGGUCUCUACUGUCAGGGAAGCCCUGAUUUCUACGGCAGCAGUAUAAGCUACCUGGGGGUGCCAGCCCACGACCUCCCAGAUUUUGACAUCAGUGCCUACUUCUCCUCCGCAGCUGACUUCAUCCACCGUGCCCUCAACACACCUGCGGCCAAGGUCCUGGUGCACUGUGUGGUAGGUGUGAGCCGCUCCGCCACACUGGUCCUGGCCUACCUCAUGCUGCACCAGCAGCUGUCCCUACGCCAGGCGGUGAUCACUGUGAGGCAGCAGCGAUGGGUCUUUCCCAACCGAGGAUUCCUCCGCCAGCUCUGCCAGCUGGACCAGCGUCUGCGGGGUGCAGGCCGGAACUGA